UUUUAUGGUUUGCAUGAAUCUGAUUUAGACAAAGUCUUUCAGCUGCCUACAACCACCUUCAUAGGAGGAAAUGAGAACAGUCUUUCUUUACGAGAGAUCAUCAAACGGCUGGAGAAUACCUACUGCCAACACAUCGGCUUGGAGUUUAUGUUCAUCAAUGAUGUGGAGCAGUGCCAGUGGAUCCGGCAGAAGUUUGAGACGCCGGGAGUUAUGAAGUUUACUAAUGAGGAAAAAAGGACUUUGUUGGCAAGGCUGGUGCGCUCAAUGAGAUUUGAAGACUUCCUUGCUCGGAAGUGGUCUUCUGAAAAGAGAUUUGGUUUGGAAGGAUGUGAAGUAAUGAUCCCUGCACUUAAGACCAUCAUUGAUAAAUCCAGUGAAAUGGGAAUUGAAUAUGUUAUAAUGGGGAUGCCUCAUAGAGGUAGGUUGAAUGUAUUGGCUAACGUAAUCCGAAAAGAGCUGGAGCAGAUCUUCUGUCAGUUUGAUCCCAAACUUGAAGCAGCUGAUGAGGGAUCUGGGGAUGUAAAAUAUCAUCUGGGAAUGUACCAUGAGAGAAUCAACCGAGCAACAAACAAGAAAAUCACUCUGUCCCUGAUGGCUAACCCUUCUCACUUGGAAGCAGUCGAUCCUGUUGUGCAAGGGAAGACAAAAGCUGAACAGUUUUAUCGAGGGGAUACAGCAGGGAAAAAGGUUAUGUCCAUAUUAUUACAUGGGGAUGCUGCCUUUGCAGGACAAGGAGUAGUUUAUGAGACAUUUCAUCUUAGUGACCUCCCAUCCUACACCACAAAUGGCACUAUUCACGUUGUGGUGAACAACCAGAUUGGCUUCACCACAGACCCCCGUAUGGCCCGUUCAUCUCCAUAUCCUACUGACGUCGCUCGUGUGGUCAAUGCUCCUAUUUUUCAUGUGAAUGCUGAUGACCCUGAAGCAGUGAUGUAUGUGUGCAGUGUAGCUGCAGAAUGGCGAAACACGUUCAAUAAAGAUGUGGUGGUUGACUUGGUUUGUUACCGUAGGAGAGGGCACAAUGAAAUGGAUGAACCAAUGUUCACCCAGCCUCUAAUGUACAAGCAGAUUCAUAAGCAGGUGCCGGUGCUGAAGAAGUAUGCUGACAAACUGAUUGCAGAUGGGACUGUAACACUGCAGGAGUUUGAGGAAGAAAUUGCGAAGUAUGAUAGAAUAUGCGAAGAAGCAUAUACUAGAUCUAAGGAUAACAAGAUCCUACAUAUCAAGCACUGGCUUGAUUCACCUUGGCCUGGAUUCUUUAAUGUGGAUGGAGAACCCAAGAGCAUGUCUUGUCCUCCAACUGGCAUUUCAGAAGACCUGCUGACUCACAUUGGCAAUGUAGCUAGUUCAGUGCCAGUCAAAGACUUCAAAAUACAUGCAGGACUCUCUCGGAUUUUGAGAGCCCGCUUGGAGAUGACCAAGAACAGGGUUGUUGACUGGGCCUUAGCAGAAUACAUGGCUUUUGGGUCUUUUCUGAAGGAAGGGAUCCAUGUCCGACUAAGUGGACAGGAUGUGGAGAGGGGUACUUUUAG